UAUUUAAUUUUGACAUACGAGGGCAUGAAAAAAUGUUUCGUAGCAUCAUCUGGAGUUGAUUGUGUGGCAACCGGCACGUGCGGUACUUGGAUUGGUCAUUGUCAUCAAUGAACAUUUAAUAAUUGCUCACCAUUUGAUCAACAUUAUAAAAAAACAUGUGGUACUUUCGUAUCAUUUGUUUGCUAUUAAUAUCAUCUUGCAUAGCAAUUGUUGAUAAAAAACACAAUAAAUAUGUCACGACAUUAAUUAAUGGAAAAUGGAAAGAUACUCCGAUUGUUUUAGAAGUCGCUGAGUAUCUCAAUGAUGAAAAUUCAAAUUUGUUUUGGAGUUUUGUUGACUUAAUUUCUAAGCAAGAUGAUGAUUUUAUCACCAAGGGUACUGACAAAGAAAUUUACGACAAAGUAUUGACUUUAGCCGAAAAUUUUGUAACACCAACUGGUCUAGCGGUUCUCAAGUUGUCUCUGUCUUUGAGAAUUUACUCAGCUCGCGUUGAAAUGUUUUCCCAAAUGGCUGAGAACAAAGAAAACAUUCCAGCCUGCAAUAAUUUUAUUGACGUCGGUGGUAGCAAAUUUACGUGCUCUGCUGAUGAAGUCGAAGAAUUAAUUAAAAAUUCAAAAGGAAACUUAGACACUUACUCAGUAGAUCACCAGUAUCCUGGAUCUUCAAAAGUUAAUAAAAAUGUAAUACUCUACGGGCAGAUGGGAUCGUCUGGGUUCAAUGACCUCCAUAACAAACUUAAAUCUAUUGCCGAUUCCGGUAAAAUAACUUACGUCCUCCGUCAUUACGUAAGAGACAGACCGGAUCAUAAUUUGCGACUGUCGGGUUAUGGAGUUGAGUUGCAAAUGAAGUCAACGGAAUAUAAAGCAACCGACGACGCUGAUAUCAAAGAUAGUUCUGGCAAAGAAUCAGAAGAAAGUAAUGAAGGAGUUGAAGAAAUUGACGGAAUUAAUUUCGGUGUAUUAAAAAAAUUAUAUCCCGACAAAAAGUCACAGCUCGAUGAAUUGUUGACUCACUUACUGGACACCAGUGACGAAGUCAGUGCAUUAAAAGUUUGGCAGUUCCAAGAACUGAGUCAUCAAGCUGCUGAAAGAAUAAUGAAAUCACCCCCGUCAGAAGCUGUCAAAGUAUUUACAGACAUCGCUCAGAAUUUUCCAAUGCAGGCUAAAUCAUUGAUAAGAACCAAAGUAAGCAACGAAAUGAAGAAAGAAAUGAAACGUAAUCAAGAAAUAUUUUUUGGUAAUCUCCAUAUUCAACCAACAGAAACAGUAUUAUUUAUAAACGGUUUAUAUUUCGAUAUCGAUGUAAUCGAUAUCUUAGCAUUACUUGAAGCUCUACGAGCCGAAUUACGAGUAAUGGAGGCAUUACUAAAAAUAGGAUUUAGCAAUAAAAAGAUGGAUAAACUUGUAGCGUUAGAUUUGUCCAGUAAUUUAGAUAAUCAAGACUUUGCAAUCGAUAUUAGAGACUCAGCAAUCAUGUGGAUAAAUGAUUUAGAGACAGACAAACGUUACCAGAAAUGGUCAUCAGCACUAACAUUAUUAAUAAAACCAAUGUAUCCUGGUACAUUACGUCAAAUACGUCGUAAUUUUUAUAACUUAGUACUGAUAAUAGACCCGCUAAGUGAUAAAAUAAAACAUUUAUUAAAUACAGUUGAUACAUUGAAUAAACACACGGCCCCAAUACGUGUGGGUUUCGUUUUUGUGACGAAUUUUAACACAUCAGUAACUGGAUUUACUGAUCCAGGUGUUGCUGUCAAUAACGCGUUCCACUAUUUGAUGGAAGAAAAAAAUUCAAUGGAAGCAUUCAAAUUUUUGUUGACGCUGCAGAAUUAUAUAAGCGGGGACAGCAUUGAUGUGUCGGACGUUAAAAAAGCUCUGCGUAUACGCGACCCUUCGGCAGAUAUUGAUGACAUAUUUGGUGAAGAAUCUCAGUAUGAUGUGGGACGUCAUCUAGCCAUGGAUUUUGUCCGGCGAACUGGAUUCAAAAGUUUUCCCCAAGUUCUUUUGAACGGAGCGCCACUGGGAAAUAUCGAUGAUGCGGAUGCUUUUGAAGAGACUGUUCUUACGACGAUAAUGACCCAGACUCCGAUGUUGCAGAAGGCUGUUUACAAGGGCGAGGUUGUAGAGUCUGAUGAUAUCGUUGACUUUAUGAUGAGUCAGCCCAAUGUCAUGUCAAGAUUAAACGACAGGAUUCUCCAGCCAGAAAAUAGUAAGUGGCUUAAUUUGAUUGGUGAUUUGCCGAAAAAUGAUGAAGUCUCGAGCUGGAACCAGCAGGAUACUGCCACCUGGUUGAUGAAAAAUUCAAAUUAUUUGGUCAUGCCGCGACGAGUUGCUAAGCAACAUCUCUAUUCUUAUUGGAUUGCGGUAGAUCUCGAGGAUAAAAAAGGACGGGAAUUAUUACGCGAUGCUCUUAAAUAUUUAGACUCAAAUGCUGAUGUCAGGAUAACAGUUAUCGUUAACAGCGCUGAUGAAUCGGUUGGUACAGAUUCAGAUGUCAGUAUUAAUACGAUUGUUUUAGCGGCAAUGGAAGCACUGGCUCAACAAAAAGUCGUUAAAUACAUUGACAACAUUUUGCAAGAAGACAAUGUCGCGUUGAUAAAAGACCGUAAGUUUGAUCUAAAUGACGACAGCUUAAAGGAAAAAUUAAAUAGCCAAGAAUUUAAACUAAAAGUACACAGACAUUAUGCCAAGACUGCAUUGAAAUUAGUCCCUGGAGACCGGGCAGUGGUUUGCAAUGGCCGUGUUCUUGGUCCUCUUGACAAAGACGAAGAUUUUACACGCGAUGAUUUUUCUCUGCUCGAACGUUUCAGCCACAAUACUUAUGGUGAGAAAUUGAUAAAAAAUUUACAAGCACUUCAGUCAGUUGACGACGAUGAUGAUGAUACCGAAAUUUCUGAUGACGUUAUCAUGCAAAUAACGUCACUACUUGUACUGCGUCCACAAACGUUAAACCGCUAUGACAUUCCGUACAGUGGAGAUGAGCACAGUGCCAUUAAAGUGCCAGCAGCAAAACCUAAUGAAGCUGCAUUCAAUUUAAUUGCAAUUGUCGAUCCAGUUUCCCGCGGCGCCCAAAAACUCGGUGCAAUUCUGAGUACAUUGCAGCAAUCAUUGAACUGUAAUAUCAAAAUAUUUUUAAAUUGUGUUGAUAAAAAUAGCGAUAUGCCUCUGAAGAGUUUCUACAGGUUCGUUUUUGAACCAGAAUUGCAAUUUAACGCUGAUGGACAACUGAUGGGUGCGCAAGCCAGAUUUACAAAAUUACCAACGUCGUCUUUGCUGACCCAGUAUAUGCACACACCCGAGAACUGGCUCGUCGAAGUCGUCAAAAGUGUUUAUGAUCUGGACAACAUAAAGCUGGACAAUGUCGCGAUGGGAGUUCACAGCGAAUUUGAACUGGAACAUUUACUACUAGAGGGUCAUUGCUUUGAAGCUUCAAUGGGAAAUCCACCAAGAGGAUUGCAAAUAACUCUUGGUACUGAAAAACAACCAGUUAUGGUCGACACCAUCGUGAUGGCUAACCUGGGAUACUUCCAACUGAAAGCUAAUCCUGGAGAAUGGUUACUUCGAUUACGUCAAGGAAGAUCUGCUGAUAUUUAUGACAUUCACUCGGUCACUGGUCAGGAUGUUAUCCAAGACAACAACGAAGUUAAGGUUCUUGUCAGCUCAUUGAAGAGCCACGUGCUGAAACUUAAAGUCUCAAAGAAACCUGAUAAAUUGCACACAGAUCUACUUGCUGAUGACGAUACACAGUCGGGCAUUUGGAAUUCUAUUUCUAGGACAUUUGGCUCAGAUGACACUGAAGAUAAAGAUGAGAAAAUAAAUAUAUUUUCUCUAGCUUCCGGUCAUCUCUAUGAAAGAUUUUUAAAAAUAAUGAUGGUGAGUGUAAUAAAGCACACAAAGUCACCCGUUAAAUUUUGGUUCUUGAAAAAUUAUCUAUCGCCGACAUUGAAAGACUUCUUGCCGCACAUGGCCAAGGAAUACGGUUUUGAAUAUGAACUAGUGCAGUACAAAUGGCCACGAUGGCUGCAUCAGCAAACAGAAAAACAAAGGACCAUUUGGGGAUACAAAAUUUUAUUUUUGGACGUACUGUUUCCACUGGAUGUUAAGAAAAUAAUAUUCGUUGAUGCUGAUCAAGUUGUCAGAGCAGAUUUAAAAGAACUAGUUAAUUUAGAUCUCGAAGGAGCUCCGUACGCUUACACGCCAUUCUGUGAUAGCAGAAAAGAAAUGGAAGGAUUCAGAUUUUGGAAACAGGGAUACUGGAGAAAUCAUUUGCAAGGACGUUCUUAUCAUAUUAGUGCGCUGUAUGUCGUUGAUUUGAAACGCUUCAGACGCAUUGCUGCUGGUGAUAGACUGAGAGGUCAAUAUCAAGCUCUCAGUUCAGAUCCCAACAGUCUGUCAAAUUUGGAUCAGGAUUUACCCAACAAUAUGAUCCAUCAAGUUGCUAUUAAAACCCUACCUCAAGAAUGGCUUUGGUGCGAAACCUGGUGCAGUGAUGGCUCGAAAAAAAGUGCUAAGACUAUUGAUUUAUGUAAUAAUCCAAUGACUAAAGAAGCUAAACUACAAGCGGCGAUGCGCAUUUUGCCCGAAUGGGUUGGAUAUGAUGAAGAAAUAAAAGCUUUGCAACUGAGGGUAGAAAAUGAAAAUAAACAACUUGAGAAAGAAGAAAAAGAUGAACAUGUUUCAGAAGAUAAUUCUAAACAUGAAGAGUUGUAAAUUAUAAGAAUUUAAAUCCAAUUAAAAGAAUAUAAUAGAAGCCAUAAAAAGUUGUACAAACUAAAAAUUUUUACAUCCCGAUUUAAAAAGUUUACUACAGUGGGUCGGGAAUUGUCAUUGACUGAUUUAAACAGCAGCAUUUAUAGACCGCAGCGAGUGUGAUUCAAGGUAAUAAGAGUAUUAAAAAAAAAAAUAAAAAAAUGUUCAUAAAUCAAUGAAAAUACUCUGUUCUAAUUUUUUGUAAUUUUAAUGAAUUUAGAUAAAAAAUCAUUGUUAAUUUUGACGAUCUUUUAUUUUCGUCACAUCGCAUUGUACAAUAUACGCUUUAGUUUUAUAAUAAUUAAAAUAAAAAAACACGAUUCUUACCAAAAAAAAAAA